UUCCCAAGCGGCGGAGUUCACGGAGGACGAUUUUGCCAUCGGCACUCCCCCUAUAUCUUCGAUUCCACAGCGCAGCCCGCACAGAAAUCGAAGCCACCAUCUAAAAGAUCUAUAAUCUCCCCGCGGCACGGUUGAAUUCUCCGGUGGUCUCCUCUCUUUCUCCCACAGUCACCAACCCAUGGCACCUGCUCCGGCGGUUUCCUUGCUGGCCAGCGCCGACGUCGCGUCUGUGAAAACAUUCACCGGACGUUACGCCUCUGUUUACAGUGAAGUGCAGAACAGCCGCCUCGACCACCAUCUCCCUCUCCCUUCCGUCCUCCGUAAACCUUUCAAAGUGGUCGACGGCCCCGCUAGCUCCGCUGCCGGCCACCCAGAGGAGAUUGCAAAGUUGUUUCCUUGCUUAUAUGGUCAACCAUCAGCAGAAUUGGUGCCAGACGAUUCAGGAGAUGUUGCAAUGGGCCAGAGUUUGAAGAUUGGAGUUGUUUUGUCCGGUGGUCAAGCACCUGGAGGGCAUAAUGUUAUUUCUGGAAUAUUUGAUUAUUUGCAGGACCAUUGCAAAGGAAGCACAUUGUAUGGAUUCAGGGGUGGACCAGCUGGGAUCAUGAAGUGCAAGUAUGUGGUGCUCACACCAGAAUAUAUUUAUCCAUACAGAAACCAGGGUGGGUUUGAUAUGAUUUGCAGUGGGAGGGACAAGAUUGAGACUCCAGAGCAGUUUAAGCAAGCUGAAGAAACAGCACAAAAGCUUGAUUUAGAUGGGCUUGUUGUGAUCGGUGGAGAUGACUCAAAUACAAAUGCAUGUCUUCUUGCAGAAAACUUUAGGAGUAAAAAUUUGAAAACCCGGGUGAUUGGAUGUCCAAAAACCAUCGAUGGUGAUUUGAAAUGCAAGGAGGUCCCCACAAGUUUUGGAUUUGAUACAGCAUGCAAGAUAUAUGCUGAAAUGAUUGGGAAUGUCAUGAUUGAUGCUCGAUCUUCAGGGAAAUACUACCAUUUUGUAAGGCUUAUGGGACGUGCUGCUUCACACAUCACUUUAGAGUGUGCCUUACAAACACAUCCAAACAUCACUUUGAUUGGUGAAGAGGUAUUCCUUCCAUGCUAUUCCUUCAUUAUAUUCAAAGCUUAUGCACAAAGCAUCUCGCUGAAAAAGGGUUCAGGAAAGGUCCCACCAAGAUGUGAUUUAGGCAAAUCUUAUCUUGCAUUUUUGCAAGAAAAUGUUUCUAUGAUUCAAAUUCGUGAGCUGUAUUUUGGUCAAAACGUUCAGCAGCUUAUUGGGGAACUGAAUGAAAUUUUGGCUCAUGAUAUUGUAGACGACGCUGGUGUUUGGAAAAAGAAGCUGACCCCACAAUGCCUUCAGCUAUUUGAGCUAUUGCCUCAUGCUAUUCAGGAUCAAUUGCUUCUUGAGAGAGAUCCACAUGGCAAUGUUCAGGUUGCCAAAAUAGAAACAGAAAAAAUGCUUAUUCAAAUGGUUGAAACAGAGUUGGAGUUGAGAAAGAAGAGUGGUUCAUAUAAUGGUCAAUUCAAGGGACAGUCCCACUUUUUCGGUUAUGAAGGAAGGUGUGGCUUACCAUCAAAUUUUGAUGCAACAUACUGUUAUGCAUUGGGGUAUGGUGCCGGGGCACUACUUCAGAGUGGGAAGACGGGAUUGAUAUCAUCCGUUGGAAACUUAGCUGCUUCAGUUUCAGAUUGGACUGUGGGUGGAACUGCACUAACUGCAUUGAUGGAUGUUGAGAGAAGACACGGUAAAUUCAAGCCUGUGAUAAAGAAAGCAAUGGUGGAGCUUGAAGGUGCUCCAUUCAAGAAAUUUGCGUCAUCUCGAGAUGAAUGGGCCCUAAAGAACUGCUACUUGAGUCCAGGUCCAAUUCAAUUUGUUGGUCCGGUAGCUGAUAGAGUAAACCACACAUUGCUUUUGGAGCUUGGGGCUUAAUCAUAAGUGGACAGAAAUGGCAGAGAGAAUCCAUCCGUUGGUCCAAUGGACAAUUGCUCUCUUUCUGUCAUAAUCUGCAUGUGUACUUUUUUUUCUUGAACACUAUUAAUUUCUUUCUUUGAGUUCUGUGCCAUUUCUUUGAGUUGAACACUAUUAGUUACAGAGUACUUUCUCUCAAACCUUUUCCCAAUUCGGAAAAUAAAUAAAGUUCUUCCAU